AUGGAGGUGCCCGAGCAACUGCAGCUCCUGGGCCUGAACGUCUCCGAGAACUCUCCGACGGGCCUCGACCUGCAGGUGGCUCCCCUGACGUGGGGGGACCAGGAGCAGAUGGAGGUUCUUGGUACCUUCGAGAUGGUCGUGGGCAGUGAUGUGAGCUACCGACCCCAGUGCAUCGGUGAGCUGCUCUCGACGGCCGAACGUCUCCUUGCACCUGGUGGGAGGGCGGUCUUCAGCCUCCAGGAUCGACCAGGCGAGGCAGAUCUGCUGGAGUCCUCCUUGAAGAGCCUGGCCGUUUCGAAGCGGCACAGCGUGAUGGCCAAGAGCCUCGAAGGUGAGGAGGAUGUUCCCGUUAUCAUCUUCGAGCUCCGCCGGCCGACAGAGAUGCAGCCGAGGGAAGCCCCGAAGGCAGCCGGAGAUGUGGAGGACGAAUUCUUCCGCCUCACCGGCAUCAGGCCGGACCCGGUGGUCAUCCCGAAGAAGGAGAAGCCGAAGGCCGGAUCUGCAAAGCGGAGCCACCUCCCGAACCGCCGAGACCUAGCUUCAAAGAGCGCGGGGGCCCUCGACACAGUUUGGCAGAGCCUUGCAAUCAGCCGAGGCAGCACAAAAGAAAAGCCCCCCGGGCCCCCAUCUCAUCCUGAUUUGCACAUGGCGAAGAAGCGCCGGCGUGGCGCUGAGGGAGUUGCAGCUGAGGUUCCUGAGGCCCAGGAUGUCCAGCCGCAGCCACGGCGCAAAGCGAAGCGCAAGAAGGCGGCAAUGCCAGAAAGUGCGGCCAAGGAGCCGACUCGCAAAGCCAAGCGGAAGAAGGCGGCUAAAGCGCCACCCGCGGCCAAGGCUACUGAGUUCUCGGCGGAGGCUCAGGCCGUGAUGGAGGAGCUGACCGACCCCGCCUCGAAAGGCACGCUCUCCGACCGUUUGAACCCUACGCACCCUCGCUACGACAAGCAGUUGAAAGCGAGAUGGAAGUCCUUCUCCAAGAAGGAGAGGGCUGCCAUUGUUGAAUGUGACAAGAACAAGAUGAAGGCAACAGUCAGCGCGGCUGUGUCUAUCCAACAUCCCUUUGCCACGAACGAGGAUGAUCAUUGCGAGACUGCUUUGGAAGCCUAUCGGGACGUGCUGCCCAUCUUGCAGCACAUAGCUUCUGAGCUUCAGCUACAGUUGUUUCCCCUGGCACUGGAGAGUUCGAAGCUCUUCCUGCUAAUGAACCUCUUUGGGGAAACCGCGGAGAACUGCAUCUGGGUAGCUGGCCUUAGCCUACGCCCAGCAAUGGCAGACUAUGAAAAGAUCGCCAUGGCGGCGAUGGAAGAAUUAGACGGCCACAUGUGCUGGCCCGUGGAGUGGUUCAAAGAGGCCAGUGGAAACCAAAGAUGGCUCGGCCAUGGAUGUCGUGGUCAAUGCCCGAGCUUUGCAGAAGAGCAGUUUAACUUGUUCUUCACAGUUGAAAAACUUAUCAACCAGUCCAACAAGAUUCCGAAGCUGAUGGACCCAUACGUGAAGGGGCAAGUGCAGGAGCCCCUGGAGAUCCCGAAGCCGGACACGCCAGCCAAGCUGAACAUCCUUGCCUUCUCCGACCACUCCGGCUAUUGCAAGAACUUCUUUGCAAAUGCACCCGAGGGACGGAUAAGCAUGAAGAAGGUGGUGGAGAACUACCACUCCCUCACCCAGGAGGAUGUCAAGAAGCUCGUCAACGAGCCCAAGAAGGGCUGGGACAUGGUGGUCUUCACCGUCGGCUGCGACCCACCAAGGAGCAAUAGUGUCCCAGAUGUCAUCGAGCAGAACACCGUGAUCUCCAGACUCUACUUCUGGCUCUCCUAUGAGCUGCAGAGAGCUGAGACCAAUACUAAGAUCUUCUGUCUCGUGCGUGGGCUCUUCCACGAAGACAAGAAGACUCACAUGAAGGCUGGUCUGGGCCUCUGCGUCUCGGGCACCUUGUUCGGCAUGUGCAACACCCUUCGCCAGGAGCUGGAGUAUUGCGACAUCCACUUUUGCGACACCGAGUACUUCCUCCCGGACGACAGCGAUGUUUGGGCCCGGGUGGCUGCCGAAGCCUUCCGGGACACAACUUUUGGAACGGUGGAUGUCCGGAUCCUUUCCUCCGGCAGGUACGUGCAGAGACGUGUGUCCUCCAAACCCUACCAGGCAGCGAACAAGGCAUUCCCCAUGCCCAGCGACGGCAUUAUCGCCAUCUCUGGAGGAAACGGCGCGCUCGGACUGGUGAUGGGCAACUGGCUGCUGGACAAGGCUGCGGAACAGGGAGUCGGUGGCUUUGAGAUCAAGUUCCUGUCUCGGUCGAUGAAGAUCUCCGAUUUGAACAUGCCGCUGUGGAAAGACAUUGAGGCCAAAGCUGCGAAGCUGGGCAUCACUGUCGGGCAAGGCAAGAUGGACAUGUCCUCGCAAGAGGGCUGCAACAGUUUCAUCUCGUCCUGCAACGGCAUGCUGAAGGGCUUCAUCCACUCCGCAGGCGUUCUGCAGGACUCCAUGCUCAUGAACCUGACGUGGGAGAAGUUCGAGACCGUCUACCAGUCCAAGCACCACGCAGCUUUGUUCCUGCACCAGGCGAUCGAGCUGAAUCCGCAGAAGGAUCUGCGAUUCCUAUGGAACUUCUCCUCCACGUCCGUGUACGGCAACAUGGGACAGCUGAACUACUCUGGCUCCAAUUCGUUCCUGGACGUCCUCACACGCCAUCGCAAGGCCAAGGGCCGACCUUCCACGGCGAUCCAAUGGGGCGCCUGGGGCGACGUGGGCAUGGCGGCGACCAUGACAGAUGCCAUGCGCCUCCGAACUAUGAACUCCCCCAUGCCCUAUUUCUCCAACAAGGAGGGCCUGUAUGGCCUAGAGUGUGGCCUGCAAACGGGCCUCGCCUACUUCAGUGUUUUCAAAUUCAACCCUCAGGUGAUGAUGGGCUCGGUGCAGGCCCCGGAGCCAACCCAAGCCUGCUACCACCGGAACCACUACUGCGAGGUGUGCCCUACGCCCAUGGCGCCCGGUCUUGAGAGAAAGCACUACUACACCAUCUUCCGGAUGGCGAAAGGCCAGCAGACGCAGAGCCCGAACGCUGUGGGACUGGUCUACAACGCCUACGUGAAGGCUGCUGCUGCAAAGCACGAGGCUGAGUGGGGCGAUGAUUUUCGAAAAUGGUAG